CGUUAAGAGAAAUACAAAUGAAGACAAGUCACUGAAAACUGAAAAAGUCCAUAAAAGAGAGAAGAAUUUAGAAUUUAAACUGCAUUAAACUGUUUUAUUUUUGUGCAAAAGAAAACAUUUUUUUUGGCAGUAUAAAGGGAUCAGCUCUUAUAUUUUAGUUUAAUUAAAGUAAAAUGAAUAAAACCUGAAGUAAAGAGUGACUCACCUGGACAGAUCCUCCUCUCAGACCGGAUCAGACUGACUGUCCGGGUCCACGCCGCCUCUUUUUGAACCCCCCUGAGGUCUCCACCUCCCCACAGGUUUUAUUGUUCUGAUUAUUUACCGUGUCGACUUAUUGAGUUAGGUAUCAUAUUUUCCUGCAGCGGCUUCCGGAGAUCUUGAUAAAAUUAUCGUAUUUCUGACUUCCCUAAUGAGCUCUAAUCACCUGUGAGAGCUGCCGGCUGUUUGUUCACAUAGAAACCACCGUCGGAUCGAUCGGGGGCAUCGAUCCUCAAACACACCUCCACGUCUUUUUAUGAGUCUGAUUCCUGCUUCUGUUUGCUCCGUCACAACUGCUGCUCAAAAUGACCUCAGAGGAUUUACCAGCUCUGUUUUCCUUUGAGAUAUCAGCUCAGGAAAAAACACACAGAUUUAUCUUUAGAGCCUUUUCUCAUGUUUUAUUAUCAGGUGAUUCAGGUGACACAGUUUGUAUUCACUCAGGAGAGUUUGUGGUGGCCUCAUCAUGCCUGGACAAACGCUGCAGAAGUGGAUCAGAUGUCAAAGAAAAUCCCUCGAGUUUCUUCUCAGUACUUUGAAAAUAAGAAAGUGUCAUAUAGAGGCCUCUAAAGAAGUACCAGACCUGAAGCUGGCUCACUGGACCCCAUCAUCUCCUCAGGGAAAGGCCAAGAAAAGUCUAGACUCACAGCUGACAACAUCGCUGAAUCAGAAGGUUAUCGGCUGCAACCUGUCAUCUCUGCGGGAUCCCAAGGUCUGA